GGGUAAACCAAAAAUUUUCGCUCGGCACAUUUUGCUUCUGAAAAUUCCAGCGGCUGUGGAACAAAUUACAGAGUUAGGAAGCACUGCGAGUCCCAACAGUCCAAGACACAAGUACAGAGAGUGAGGAAUCCCUUCACGGAGCAGAGAGAAUGUUGAAGUUCCUGUCGAAGGUGAGGAUAGAGUUCAACGCGCUGGAUCCGCGGACGGCGGCGUGCAUGGAGUUUCUGGCGCAGUGCAACGCCCGCAAAGCCAAGGAGUCGAACCCCGCCUGUCAGCUCAUCGUCAAGCGCCGGACCGACGACCACCCUCCCCAGAUAACCGUCACAUUCGUCAACGGCGUCGAGCAGGUCUUCGACGCCACCUCCACCCCCGCGCAGACCAUUCGCACCUUGGUUCUUGAAAAGGGUCAGCUUCUCGAGACUGAGCAAAUGUUCCGCGACGCUGGCGAGGCCUGGCCCGUCGUCAUCCCUGAGGAGGAGCUCCGCCAACCCGCUCCUGGUACCAAGCCAAGAAAAGCAGAAGACAGGAAGCAGUAGCUGUGCCUUGCCCCUUUCAUUUUGAUCAUUUUGGAGAGUCGGGUGGGUUUGCAGGAUGUGCCUUUGCUUAUGUGCCCCAUUUGGCAUCUAAGGUUGAUGUUAUAAAAAUAUAUUCAAUGCUUUUAUUUGCAUUCUCUGCAUGUGUAUUUUCAGGGCCAACCCAGUGAAAAUUUUGCUUCUUUGGCCGUGGUUCAGCCAGCCAUUGUGUGGAUAAUGGCAAGAAAAUGCUACUAUGAGUCUAGGGAUAUGAAUGUUUUACUUUGACC